AUGGUGCGCCUUCGAGAAGUGCCACGAACGGCUACUUUUGCCUGGUCUCCGGGCUCAGGAAAGCCUCUUCUGGUGUCUGGUACUCGUGCCGGCGCCGUAGACGCCGAUUUCUCAGAUGAAAGCAAACUAGAGCUGUGGGACCUUUCCCUGGAUGAUCAGCUGCAAGGGCUGGAGCUGCAGCCAUUAGCCAGCAUCACGACAGACUCCAGGUUCUACGAUAUUGCAUGGGGACCUGCCGACUCUGAACAUCCCAAGGGCAUCAUCGCCGGCGCCCUCGAGAAUGGCUCCCUUGAGCUUUGGGACGCCGCGAAGCUCGAGGCUGGUGCCUCUGAUGCACUCAUCUCACAGACAAGCAAGCACACUGGUGCCAUCAAGGCAUUGCAGUUCAACCCUUUAAAGCCACAAAUCCUAGCAACCGCCGGAGCCAAGGGCGAGCUGUACAUAUUCGAUGUCAACGACAUCGAGAACCCCUUCAGAUUGGGCAACGUCGCUGCUCGAUCUGAUGAUAUUGAAUGCCUAGCUUGGAACCGAAAAGUGUCGCACAUAUUAGCAACUGGCGGGGCCGGCGGCUUUGUCACCGUAUGGGAUCUGAAGACGAAAAAGGCCUCACUCACUCUCAACAACAACCGCAAGGCCGUAAGCGCUAUCGCUUGGGAUCCGAACAACUCCACGAAGCUCCUAACGGCUACUCCUGAUGACAAUACGCCGGUCUUGCUGCUGUGGGACUUGCGCAACUCCAAUGCCCCGGAGAGGACUCUCCAGGGCCACGAACAGGGUAUUCUGUCCCUUUCGUGGUGCAGUCAAGACAGCGACUUGGUUAUUUCAUCUGGCAAAGAUAACCGCACACUAGUCUGGAACCCUCAAACAGGCGAGAAGUAUGGCGAGUUGCCCGAGAUGACAAACUGGACCUUCCAGACUCAGUUCAACCCUCACAACCCAAAUCUGUCGGCCACAGCCAGCUUCGACGGCAAGAUCACCAUCCAGAACUUGCAGAACACCAACCCAGACACAUCCCAGACCCGGGCAGAGAAGAAUUUGGAUGGCGAAGAAUUCUUCCGAGCCGCUCAAACGCAGCCGCAGGGCGCAUCUUGGUCUCUUAAUAAGGCACCCAGAUGGUUCGAACGCCCCGUUGGCGCUACCUUUGCGUUUGGCGGAAAGAUUGUGAUUUUCAAGCCCAAUUCAUCGCAGCACGGACAGAAACGCUCCUCAAAGAUUGCCAUAGCCAAUUUCUCUGCUGAUGCCGAUAUCUCUGAAGCAAGCGCAAAGUUCCAGGCCGCACUCGAAGGUGGCGAUGUUGGCGUUGUUUGUCAGGAGCGUGCUUCGCAGGCUCAUACCGAGGAAGAGAAGGCCGACUGGAAAGUAAUCGAGACGCUUGCCGGAGACAACCCACGAGAACAGAUUGUUGAAUAUCUCGGUCUCAAGCAAGAUGAGAUUGUCAAUGGUGACUCAAAGGCAGAUGCUGGCGCUGAUGAGACAAAAACUGAUGCCAAGGCUGAUGAAAAUGGCGAGCAGAAGAGCAAGGAGAUUUCUGAUUUUUUUGGCGGAGAUGAGGGUGACGAUUUCUUGUCGAGCGUUGCGGCUACUAAAGGGGCAAAAACCGACAAUCCGUUCCACUUGUUCCCUAAUGGGGAUACUUCCGUUGAACAGGACAUCACCAAAGCGUUAAUGUUGGGUAACUUUGCCAAAGCCACUGAAAUCUGUCUCAAGGAGCAGCGCAUUGCGGACGCUUUCUUGAUUGCAAACUGCGGUGGCCAAGAGCUCGUCGACAAGGUCCAGUCCGCUUACCUCGCUAACAAGAGCGAUAUGCCUAGCUACAUGCGUCUGUUGGGAUCUGUCAUUGCCAAGAAUCUCUGGGAUGUAGUUUACAAUGCCGACCUUGAGAACUGGAAAGAAUCUAUGGCGAUUAUCUGCACCUUUUCAGAUCCGACCGAGUUCCCUGACCUUUGCGAAGCUCUAGGCGAUCGAAUCCAGGAGGGUGGCUCAAGAAAGGAUGCAUCCUUCUGCUAUCUUGUUGGCUCAAAGCUGGAAAAGGUGGUGUCCCUCUGGGUUGCUGAACUUGAGGAAGCUGAGAAGGCUGGCAUGAAGGAGGCCACUGGUGGUUCAACAUUCUCUGUCCACGCCAAAUCCCUACAGAACUUCAUAGAAAAGGUCACCGUAUUCCGACAGGUUACCAAAUUCCAGGACAGCGAACAGAACCAGACCUCUGACUGGAAAUUGGCAACUCUGUACGACAAGUAUGUCGAGUAUGCCGAUAUCCUCGCCAGUCAUGGUCAGCUGGAACUUGCACAAAAGUAUCUGAGUCUUUUGCCAUCCAGCUACCCUGCUGGUGAACUUGCCAGAAACCGUGUCCAGCUGGCGACCAAGAAGCCUGCGGCCCAAGCUGCGAUGCGCCAAACCGCCAGACAGAACACAUCCAGCACAGCAAGCAGGGUGCAACAGCUUCCUCAUGGUUAUGGUGCUACUCAGCCAGCAAUUACCGGUUCAUCUGCGAACCCCUAUGGCAGUCUCGGCCAGCCUCCUGCUCCCGCAAACCAGUCACAGCAAUAUCCGCCACAAAAUCAGUAUCAACCACAGGGUUAUCAACCUACUCUAGGAUAUCAACCUACUACUCAACCUGCUUAUGGAGGAGGCAUGGUGCCUCCGCCACCUACGACAGGCGGUCCCCGAAGUUCCUCGUCUACACCAUCUGGUCCCCCACCGAACAGGGCGAAGAAGGAAGAGAACUGGAAUGAUGUCCCUCUAGUGACCAAGGCCUUGCCAAGGAGAUCUACGCCCGUUGCUCCUAUCAUGUCGCCCUUUCCUGGAUCAGCAAGUCCAACUGCAGGUCUGAGUGCGCCGCCGACAGGACCUCCCCCGCCUGGUGGUUACGGACAUGCAACAUCAGCAGCACAACCUCCUCCUCCAAAAGGCCCGGCUCCUCUGCGGUUGCAGUCACCGCUGACCGGGCAAACGCAUGGCAUCCCUCCUCCCAGGCCGUCGUCAACCGCCAACCAAUACACACCCCCUGCGCCACAGCCCGGUGCUGGUCCACUGGCAACACCCCAACUUGUCCCUCGAACGGCAUCUCCUUAUAAUGCUCCUCCAGCCGGAGCACCUCCUUCGAACAGAUAUGCUCCCAGCCCAGCUACCCAGAGACCCAAUCAGCCUCCUACGUCGGCCAUGCCCCCCCCUCCCGCAGCUGGCGGUCGACCACCUCCUCCAGCAAACCCCUACGGCGCGCCUCCUCAGCAAACAACUUCACCAGGCCAGUAUGCUCCGUCGCCAUACGCUCCCCAGCAAGGCCAGACGGGUGGUCCUCUUCUGUCUGGACCACCACCCAGUCUUGCACAGGCUACACCGCCGCCUCCUCAGGCCGCUGCUCCUCCACCAAAAGCCAAGCAUCCCGCUGGUGACCGUUCGCACAUGCCGGAUCACGCUCAGCGCUUAGUCGACAUUCUAAGCCAAGACAUGCAACGUGUUGCGGCAAAGGCUCCUGCUACUUUUGCCCCCCAGGUAAACGACACACAGAAGCGGCUGAAUCUGUUGUUUGAUCAUCUUAACAACGAGGAGCUCGUCCAGCCGGCCACCAUUGACCAGCUCACACGAUUGGCAGAGGCUGUUCAAGGAAAGGACUACGCUGCGGCGCAGAAGUUGCAAGUUGAGAUUCAGCGAGACAAAACCGAAGAGUGUGGUAACUGGAUGGUCGGUGUCAAGCGUCUUAUUAGCAUGAGCAAGGCUACUCCUUGA